ACACGGAUUUAACAAGAAGGUUAUCCAGGUGUUUAGUGACAAACCGAUAACAGUUGUUACUCGCCUUUGCUUAUGAUCAGAAUUGACUCGCCGAAAGAUGAAUCUAAUUGUUAAAGCUAGCAAUUGACAACUCAUGGUAUUAAACAAUGUGGGAAUGCCGGGAACUGUUAUAUCUGAACUUGUUACUUCUACUCCUGAGGCUUGUGUCACUCACAGCAUCGGUCUCUGAUUCUCCUCAAAAGGAUGAGAAAGAUUUGUUGGUGGCAGAAAGUAGCAAGAAUUUCACGUCUCCUGGAAACACCAUCACAGUUACCCCUUCUGUCACAACUUCAACACCUGAGAAUUGCACUGACAACUCAAAGAAAUCUUCACAUGACUGUUCUGUGGACUUACCAUGUGAUAAAUUGAGUAAGGAGUGCCUUCAGUGUGAUUUCAAUUGCACGUGUGUGUACGGCCAGGAGGUUAGCGUAACAUGUCGACCAAAACCUGGAUCAUUUUGCUGGGAAAGUAAAGAAAUUACUGUCCAGAUGUUAUGCAGAUACUGUUACCAGACUGCAUCAUGGGAGCACACUUGCACUGGGACAGAAGACUGCUUAGCUAUUAAAUCCCCACGGGAGAUGUUUAGAUCAAACUGCACUGUGAAGAGUGAUGUUCUUUGUUUAGGAGAUCGUACCUUUCCCAAAAAAUUACCAUGUAAUUGGACUUCAGGAUAUAGAUGGUCAACAGCGUUACUGUUAUCUAUCACUUUUGGCGGAUUUGGGGCAGACAGAUUCUAUCUUGGUCACUGGCAAGAGGGAAUUGGGAAGUUGUUCAGCUUUGGAGGCCUUGGAGUGUGGACGAUAAUGGAUGUCAUUCUCAUUGCCAUUCGAUAUCUUGGGCCUGCAGACGGCUCCCUUUACAUUUAAAUAAAGAUCAGCAGCAUUAUUUGGAAUUAAUAAAUAGGCCAUGGUUUGUUGUGAAAGAAACACCUGAUGGUUUAUGUAGAGAUCUGAAUUUUUUCUUCUUUAUAUUAUUUUUUUGAAGAAAAUAUCAUUAAGAAUUGUGGUACUGACAUUUUGAUAUAUACAUAUAUAUAUAAUCCAUCCAUUAUAGAUAAAUUACAUUUUGUGAUACAUAUCACUGCAGUAAUUUUGAUUACCUUGCAUUACAUCCAAAAAGGCAUCAGUUUGGUAAUGUAGUAAUUUAUUAUGUACAAUAUCACAAAUAUUUUCUUUGGAAUCUUCAAUGGUAGUUUGAAGAUCUUUUAAAAUAAUUAUUUUUUAGUUUUAUAAAUCUUUCAUAUUUCAAUUCUUAAGGAGAUAUUGGCUGCUGGUUACUAGAGUACAAAUUUUGAUUUUAAUUUGUUAGGUUUUACACAAAGUCAGAAAAUUCAAGUAUUUACUUUUUUCAAUGAAGUAUCUUAUUCUUGAUAUUUUUUUUUCAGUAUUUGGACGAAUAAUUAGAAUAUAAUUUUUCCAUAUAUUUUAGAAAUUAAGAAAUAGCUAAUUUUAAACAGCAUUGUGUGAAGAAUAUAAUUCCUUAAAAACU